GCUUCAAUUGGUGAUAGCUCGCGUGCUUUUUCAAUCAUGGUACGAGCUUCGAAGCUUAUGAGGUCAACAUCGAAGCAUUUAACUUUCACUUCUUCCGAGGUCUCCUUCAUCCGUUAUUCCAAGUAUCAACCAUCAAUCCGCUCACCGGCAACUCAUUUGUGAAACCAUCUACUGUCCAUUUUUUAUAUUCAACUCAAGAUCCAAACCACAAGAAUAAGAUUGAAGAGAAUAGUACAACACAACAUAAAACAGCGAGAAAGCAGCAAAAUGGCGCCACCAGCUCGAGCCCUCCUCUCACGUCAAAGAUUGAUCCUUGGUACCUUUCUUGGUGGCGGAGCUCUUUUCGUCAGUAUGAAAUGGAAAGCCGUCAUGCAAAGAAGUGAGGCCGCGAAGAUUGCUGGAUCAAAACAGAACUUUGCUGUUGCUGCUGGUAGAAGCGGUGGUGGAAUUUGAACUGUCUAAUGGACUCGAUCGACAACUGGUCAGAAUUAUAAAUUGGGAGAACAUUGGCACACACGGAAUCGGACAUUACAUGGCAGAUAUGAUAGAUGAUAAACACGCAUAUACAAAUGAGGCUGCAUUAGGUUCACGAUGAAACAGAGGAAGCAUAGUCUGGGGCGUUUGGGAAUCAUUUUGGUGACGAAGAGAAAACCAUACAGAAAUGCCUUGAGCUGGAUGAUAAGAUCAUAUUACUCCCAAUCAUGACAUUUAGCUAACAUGCUCAUACUGAUAAAGAUUCUCAACCUUCUCAGAUACCAUUUCAUUCCAAGACUUCACCAGUAGGUUUCUUUUGGGGUUCGUUUUUGAAAAGGAAAUUCAUGUCAAUCAAGUGAGAAUAUGAGAGCGUUUCAAUCAUUCAAUUGAAAUGAGAGAAUCAGAUUCUGUGUUGAAACAACACAAAUUCUGGUCAUCUAAAGUCUACCUGAGAUCAAAGAGAGGUACGCUCAUACACAGUGUAAAGUUAAUUUCAUCUCAGUGACAAGGAGCUGAUAUCUUUCAAUCCCAUCACACAAGUCUGUCAAAGACAAUCCGUUAUGAUCUCUGUCUCCCUUCCCUCUUCCUCUUUCUUUUCCCCUCUCUCUUUCUCUUCUCCUUCCUCUUCCUCUUCCUCUGUCUCUUUCUCUGUGUGUAUGUGUAAGUAUCAUUCAAAGAUUCUUGAAUGUGAAUUAUUCAUUGACGCCUAAG